CCUGAGUCACUGUGUCCUGAUGUCCUCUGAAAGGGAAGUCCUCUCAGCUCCCCUGGCCACGUCUCAGUCUCAGUCCUGACCGGCAGCCAUGUGGCUCUUCCUGUACGUUGCCAUGGCGAUCUGCACUCCCCCUCCCCCAGCCCUGGUGAUGAGGGAUGCUGAUUAGGCAGCAGCGGACUCAAACUAAAACAACAUUCCACCAGGCCAUGCGAGGGCCAGCCUGUCAGUCAGCCGGGCGGUGAUAAGACUCCCUGACAUCUGUCUCUCUUCUCCAUACAUCUUUUCAUCCCUUCGUCCUUCCAUCCCUCCAUCCGCCUGUGGAGAUGGAGAUUGCUGUAGAUGGCUGAAGAGCUGUGUAUUGGCUGGUUUCGCAUUGUUGCAGGCUCCUUGGAGAUAGAGGAAUGCAAAUCUGCAAUCAUGAUGGAAGGAUUGAAAAAGCGUACCAGGAAGGCCUUUGGGAUACGGAAGAAAGAGAAGGGAGACAAGGACAAUGACUCCACGGGGUCCCCUGACAGAGAUGGGGGUUCACAGAAGAGGGCCAAUGGAGCAGCUGUCAAUGGGUUCUCUGAUGAGAUCGACUGGGACAGAUAUAACACCCCUACGGUGGACGAUGAAGGUUACAGUCUCAGGCCAGACGAGGAGGAGGUGCCAGGAUCACCUGGCCCCAAACCCCCCAAAGAACACUUCUUCUCCUCCAGCGAGUCGGAGGGAGAGGAGGACCUCCAUAAAAAGUUUAAGAUCAAGAUCAAACCGUUACCAGCGGAAAGUGCCAACUGUUUGGCCCCGUCGGUAGAUGAACUGAAAGCCUCCAUAGGCAACAUAGCGCUGUUUCCCUCUCCUCUGAGGAGUAGUCCGAGACGUAGCCCGGGGUUGAUGAAUAAGGACUGUAGUGAAGAGAUACAGGUAGCUCGGCCAAGACGUUCUGCACCCAUUGCAGCCCCCACGUUAGCAGCCCCGGCGCUACAGGCCCCCAGAAGUAAGAAAUCCCCAGCAGCCCCAGUAGCAGCCCCAGUACCAGAGGACGCUACAGCCUUAUUUGGGCCUCCCCUGGAGACAGCCUUCAGAGAGCAGAAAACUGAAGUGGGUAUAUCUGAGCGGGUGGCGUGUGACGUGUGGGGUGCUCCUCUACCUGAGUCUGAGUCACUGAGCCCAGACUUCUCUUUCACCAGAACCUUCCCCAAAGGAACUCCGCCUCCGCUUCCACCCAAGAAUGUCCCGACCUCCCCCCCUCCGACCAGCUCCCCCUCUGCAGCUGCCGGGGCGUCCUCUCCGGUUCGUCCUGCUACACCGUCAGCUCCAUCAGCUGUUUUCAGCAGCCCCACCCCGCCCCCUCCCCCUCCACGCCCCUCCUCACGACCCAAACUGCCUCCUGGGAAACCCAGCAAGGGGGACAUGAGCCGGCCCUUCAGUCCCCCGGUCAGUCACUCGUCCAGCCCCCCUUCCAUCGCCACCCUGGCCCGGGCCGAGAGCACCUCCUCUAUCUCCUCCAACAACUCCCUGAGUGCAGCCACCACCCCCACCGUCGAGAAUGACCAGCCUUCCCUGGUUUGGUUUGACAGAGGGAAGUUUUAUUUAACCUUUGAAGGCUGUUCCAGGGGCCCCAGCCCUCUCACCAUGGGGACCCAGGACACCCUUCCGGUGGCGGCAGCUUUUACAGAGACGGUCAAUGCCUUCUUCAAAGGAGCCAACCCUAACAAGUGUGUUGUGAAGAUCACAGGCGAGAUGGUGCUGUCGUUUCCAGCGGGGAUCACCCGGCACUUUGCCAAUAACCCGUCCCCUGCCGUGCUAACCUUCAGCAUAACCCACUACAGCUGGCUGGAGCAUGUGCUGCCUAACCCCCAGCUACUCUGCUGUGACACCGCCACAACACCCAACCCUGACUGCAAGACCUUCUGGGUGAACAUGCCAAACCUGAUGACCCAUCUAAAGAAGGUGGCCGAGCAGAAACCCCAGGCCACAUACUACAAUGUGGACAUGCUCAAAUACCAGGUAUCAGCGCAGGGCCUCACAUCGACCCCCCUGAACCUAGCAGCCAGUUGGCGGUGUGAACCCACCAGCACGGACCUCCGAAUAGACUACAAAUAUAACGGCGGCGCCAUGACAACGCCCGUGGCGCUCAACAACGUCCAGUUCCUGAUCCCCGUAGACGGAGGGGUCACCAAGCUACAGGCCGUUCUUCCCCCCGCUGCAUGGAACGCAGAGCAGCAGAGAAUCCUGUGGAAGAUUCCUGAUAUUUCCCAGAAAUCUGAAAAUGGAGGCAUUGGCUCAUUGUUGGCCCGGUUCCAGCUCUCGGAGGGUCCCAGUAAGCCCUCUCCCCUGGCGGUCCAGUUCACCAGCGAAGGCAGCACUCUGUCAGGUUGUGAUAUAGAGCUGGCUGGCCCUGGGUACCGCUUCUCACUCAUCAAGAAGAGGUUCGCUGCAGGAAAAUACUUGGCAGACAACUGAUAAUAGGAUCUCUAUUACUACUGAACAAAUACACUGAAGAUCAUAAUCUCAAUGAAAACCUUUACUACAGAGGACCACCACCUCCCUACAGACAGACAGACAGACAGACACUCCUUUCUAAACCCGCGAGACAGACAGGCCCAGGCCACACAGCCUACUGGACCCAGCAGUAUUGUAUAACUUGCAUAUAGCCUCGUGGACCGUUUUAGGGUGUCAUUAUUGUAUUUGUAAAAUGUAUUCGUUUCAGAACAUCUGUAUUGCUGCAGUUAUAGACACCCACCCGGGUUUCCCUCUCUAAAGGUACAUGCUUCUGUCUCUCUACCCCCCUCUCUAAUGUGUGGUGUUCAAACUUAAACACUGCUACAGCUGCCUAGCUGCCUAGACUCAACCGUGAACCUAACACAUAAUUCACUGUAUUUAUUUUAGACUCAUCAACAAAGAUGUGGUAUUAGGAGAGGUUGCAUGAAAAUACCAUUGUGUUGUGUCAUUGAGUGAACUAAAAUGAAUUGACGCCCCAUUCAGUUUAAGGGAGGGGCUAAUUCUUCCUCAUGCUGCCUCUCAUUGGACACUGUUAGAGCUACCAUAGAAUUCUGGGUAUUGGAGUUUUUAUGCUUUUAAAAAAACAUUUUUAGUCAUUUAGCAGACGCUCUUAUCCAGAACGACUUACAGUUAGUGAGUGCAUACAU